AUGGAGAACGGCUCCAUGCAACUGAACCUCUCCCAGGAGCUGAGCGGUCUGGAGCUGAAGCAGUACCUGUCGGGCUCCGACGUCCUGCACCAGCUCAUGUUCUCCACCGUCAUGCUUCACUGGUACCUCUACCGCGAUGGCCCUACCGGGACCAAAAAGGAGAUGGAGUUCGACACGUGGCAGCGGCAGAACCACGGCAUUGAGACAAAUGGCACGAAUGUGCCGGACCACGUGCAGCAGCAGGUGUACGCACUAGUGAACAAGGCCUUCAUCCCCGAGCUGGCCGUCGCCUCGGCGCAGAAGAAGCCCGAGGGGGGGCCGGACGAGGGAGGUGGCCCUGGAGAAGUGGCACCCGAGAGGCCCAUGGCGCCACUGCUUGCUCCUUUCGCGGCUGCUGAAGGGUGGGCGCAGAUCGUUGGCGGCGGGUUUCCGAAGCCCAGUGGUGCAGCUGGAGUGCAAACAGUCACGUACUCGCACGUCUCCAGCAUCUUCAGCGAGGUGACCCAGGGCACCUCAGGCUUGGUGCGCAGCCCCUUGGCAGCCAGCACGACCGACCUGGGCAAGCGCUCGCCCACGGGUGUGGAGGCUGUGCCGGGCACGAGGAUGGUCAAGCGGGACGACUUCGCGUGGCUGUCUGUGGUCUACACGCUCCUGUUCUUCGCCGCCCAUCCUCAGACCGGGGCCCCGUAUGCCUUCAUCGAGCUCAGAAAGGUCAACAUCUCACAGAUGGACGAAGGUAACCAGGAGCUUACCCUGGUGGGAGUCGCGGACCCAGAGGACCAUGAACCAGACUAUGUCACCGGCGGGGCGGCGCCCUCCCGGCGCAGCCGCGACCGCUCCAGCGAGGCUGGGGGAGGGUCUGCGCCGGUCGGCAUCGUCCUCCUCCUUCCGGAUGGGCGCUGGCAGGAGCUGAGCAUGCCCAAGCUCGACCUCCGCUUUCCUUCGGCAGAGAGCCUGAAGAUGUGGUCGAAUCAGAUCAUGGCCGGGAGCCAAGGGCGCACCAGUCGACCUUCCGCCGGUUCGGUUUCCGCUUUGCAGCGGAUACAGGCGACCUGA